CAUCACCUCCGUCCAUACUCCGCAAGUCCCUAAAUCAAAUUCGCCCAUUCCUUCCCCGGACCCAUACAGCACACACUGAUGUUAGGUGGGCGACUCUAUCAAUUGAGGCCAUGUCCAAUCUUCAAAGCCAUACGCUCCUCUCUCUCGCACUACCACCAACCGACAGCUGCCACUUCUGCGGGUGUUCAGCUAGGUCCCACCAGGCACCUUGAACAUGCGAGCCGUCGAAGCCGCGACAACGGAGAGACUCUACCCGUACCUCCUUUGUUGGAUCCUAUAACUCUCGAUCGAAGGUCACGCUGGGAGCAGAGGAAAUCUAGACCUUCCGUUGACGCAUUUACACCAUUUCAGAAGAAAUUGUUAGCAAAUCCCUUCGCUCAUGCGCUCGCCUCUCCAGCCCGAGUGUGUAGAAGUACAAACACACUUCUUCCCGAUGCCUUCUUAAUCUCUCUGCAUCUGUGCCCACACCCCGAGACGACAGACCCUUGGCUCUUACCUGUGAGCCUUGCAGCCAGUCCAAGGGCUUCUGGCCCACCUUACCGAUUUGUCGCUCGAAAGCUUGCUGUGCAAGAGUUGUACCAAAAACAAAAUUGGAGGAGUGGCGUCUACCGUAGAAUUACGGAAAAGUUUGGCGGCAAGGUUGGAAAGAUUACGUGGAGAGAAGACAUGCCAGAUCUCGUUCACUCGCUGCUACAAAAACGUCUGCUACGGCAGUUGGAUAAGCAAUUUAAGCAUGGUGGGAGUCGUUUAGUCCCCUGCGAUACACCGCAUUCCGAAAGCCUAAAUCAUUUGGAAGAGGUAUCUUGUAUCCUUUACUUCAAAUCACUGAAGACGCAUGCCAAUGACAUUCAUGAUCGGGCCAAUAACAUCAUUGAAGCAUGCCAUGACCAUGCGCGAGCUUAUUCGAUCAUCUCACAGGAUUACCUAGACCCACACAAAGCGACUGGUGCAAAACACUUCGCUCCUAUAUGGUGGAAAGGGCCCGUUAUACCUCUAUUACAACCCCGAAUCCGCUUCCCUCCUCUUGAUAUGCCGACCACUCUUUGGAGAGGCUCGCGAGUGCCUCUGUAUAGUCUGCAGGAUCUGUUAGGGGAAGAUGGACUGCGUCAAUUGCUUGUCAAGUCGAGGUUUAAAGACGAGACUUGCGUUGUUGCAAAACGGUCGCAGUAUUCCACAUCUAUGGAAUUAUCGCUUCUGAAGUUGCAAGCAUAUACGGCUAUACCUAGACCAUGACAUAAUUAUGAGCCAGUGAGGUAUGGCUUACGAUGGAUUUAUGACCCCAUUCAAAUACAUUCAAAAUAAGUUCAAAAUAUAUGUAAAUACACUCGAACACAUUCAAAUACAUUCAAAUACAUUCAAAU